AUGAAAGCGAUAUGCCAGGAGUACUUGUUCAUCGUGGAGGGUCGAGUGGAGCUUCCUGCCUCCUCCAGAUCCAACGAGGAAAAUCCCACGUUGAUUAGAGGCGGAUGUCGUCGGCCGUCGCUGCCAUUUGGAUCUCGAGAGGGAGAGGAGAAAGACCUUCGCCGUCGCAUCGGGAAGUUUUGGUUCUUCAAUGUCACCAACGCCGAUGAGUUCUUGCUUGGAAAUCCGUUGGAGCUGGCUGAAGUCGGUCCCUACGUAUUCCGGUGA